GGAGCACGCAGCGCGAGCAGGUCGAGGGGAUCCUUCAGCGGCUUUUCAACGUGCAUGAACACAACCGUAGACCCCCCCAGGAUCUAAAGAUGUGGACGGAAGUCGGAAAGCUCGUGCUAUUACAUUUGCUACUCAUGGAGCUCCACUGCGCUAAAGGAAGUAAUACGGAGUCGGAGUGUGAAACAGGGCAGUUUCAGUGCAAGAACGGACGUUGCAUCCCGACCCUGUGGAGAUGUGACGAUGAUGAUGAUUGUUCAGACAGUAGCGACGAGGAGAACUGUCCAAAGAAGACAUGUGCCACCACGGACUUCGCCUGUAAGAAUGGACAGUGCGUCCCUGCCAGGUGGCGCUGUGACGGGGAACCGGAGUGUGCAGACGGUUCCGACGAGGCUGACGCAAUCUGCAGCCGACAGACCUGUCCACCAGAGAAGUUUGAUUGCGGAGGGGCUGCCAGCAAAUGUGUUUCGUUGUCAUGGCGAUGCGAUGGAGAGAGGGACUGUGAGAACGGGGCGGAUGAGGAUCAGUGCGCUGCAGAUGCCAAGGCCUGCCCCUCCAAAGACUUCCAGUGCCGCAACGGGAAAUGUGUGGCACCAAUCUUUGUGUGUGACGGCGAUGACGACUGCGGGGACGCCAGCGACGAGGAAAAGUGCUCGACUCCCACCUGCGGCCAGCACGAGUUCCGCUGCAAUGACUCUGAGUGCAUCCCUGCACUGUGGAGCUGCGACGGCGACCCGGACUGCAAAGACAAGUCCGACGAGUCCAUGGAGCGCUGCAGCCGGAGGACGGAGCCCCAGAAACCUCGCUGCCCAGUGGGCGAGUUCCAGUGUGGGAGCGGGGAGUGUGUCCACAUGAACUGGAAAUGUGAUGGAGACGCAGACUGCAAGGAUAAAUCGGAUGAAGCGAACUGUCCCCUGCUUACAUGCCGACCUGAUGAGUUCCAGUGUGGCGAUGGGUCCUGUAUUCACGGCACCAAACAGUGUAAUAAAGUGCACGACUGCCCGGACUAUAGCGAUGAAGCCGGCUGUGUCAACGUUACAAAGUGUGACGGCCCACGAAAGUUUCGCUGCAAGAACGGGGAGUGUGUUGACAGCAGCAAGGUGUGUGACAAUGUGAAAGACUGCAAGGACUGGUCUGAUGAGCCCAUGAAGGAGUGUGGCCUGGAUGAGUGUGCAGACAACAAUGGCGGCUGCUCACACAUCUGCAGGGACCGCAGAAUUGGUUAUGAGUGUGACUGUCCCUCUGGGUAUAAACUCCUGGACAAAAAGUCUUGUGGAGACAUCGAUGAAUGUGAGAACCCAGAUGCCUGCAGUCAGAUCUGCAUCAACUACAAAGGAGAUCAUAAGUGCGAAUGCUACGAAGGCUACGAGAUGGACCCUGCCUCUAAGACCUGCAAGGCUGUGGGAAAGAGUCCGUACCUGAUGUUCACCAACCGGCAUGAGAUCCGUCGCAUUGACCUGCUGAAGAGUGAAUACACACAGGUGGUUCCCACGCUGAAGAACGCAGUGGCCCUGGAUGUAGACGUGUCCACCAACAAGAUGUUCUGGUGUGAUCUAUAUCAUCGUAAAAUAUACAGUGCUUACAUCAACAAGGCCAGUGACUCGUCGCAGCAGCUGACUCUUAUCGACUCGCUCCACUCCCCCGAGGGCCUGGCCGUCGACUGGGUCCACAAGAACAUCUACUGGACCGACUCUGGCAACAAGAGCAUCUCCGUCGCCACCGGAGACGGCAGAAAGAGAAAAGUGCUGAUAGCCACUGAGUUGAGCGAGCCGCGGGCCAUCGCCGUGGAUCCACACCAAGGGUUCAUGUACUGGUCAGACUGGGGAGGUCAGGCCAAAAUUGAGAAGGCUGGUAUGAAUGGAGUGGACCGACAAGUUCUGGUGUCGGAACACAUCGAGUGGCCCAAUGGAAUCACCCUGGACUUGUCAAACCGGCGUCUCUACUGGGUGGACUCCAAGCUGCACCUGCUGUCGAGUGUGGAUCUGAAUGGGGACAACCGCAAAGUGCUGCUGUCCUCCCAUCACCACCUGGGACACCCCUUCGCCCUCAGUGUGUUCGAGGAUCGCAUAUACUGGACAGACUUGGAGGAUGAAGCGAUAUACAGUGCCAACCGACUCACGGGACAUGAUGUGGUGAAGGUAGCAGAGUACCUCAACAACCCCCUGGACCUGGUGGUGUUUCAUGAACAGAGGCAGCCCAAGGCUCCAGAUACCUGCAACAUGGGCAGUCUGCCUAACGGUGGCUGUGAAUACCUCUGUCUGAAGGCCCCGCAGAUCACAGACCACUCUCCCAAGUACACCUGUGCCUGUCCUGAUGGCAUGGAGCUGGGACCAGACAUGAGGCGCUGUGCUAUCGUUCGACCCAGAACAACCACAACAGCUGCUCAAACCACCACAACUCCCACAACCACUACAACAACCACUACAACUGGUACACUGGUUACUACCACCACCACUCCCCCCACCACCACCACCACCACCACGACCACAAGCUCCACCACCACCUCUGCUGCUACGACACCCAGGCCCACAACCAGACGCCUCACGACGCCUGACGCUCCUAUGACCCCCAGAAGAACCUCUACAGAGCAGCCUCGGACCCCCACCGCCAUGAGCACAGAGACGACCAGUUUCAGCAGCACACGUCAGACGUCCACAUCCACACACACUCCCCUGUUGGGCCCCAACAGCAUUCAGAGAGAGAGCAACGCCAACCUCUCCCACAGAGCUGCGAGUGAUCACUACCUCAUAGGUAACAACAUCACUGUAGCUGUCCUGGGGAUAGUCAUUCCUAUCGUCCCUAUCCUUGCCACAGUGGUCAUCGGCUUGCUCUGCACCGGCGGAUACCUGGUUUGGCGCAACUGGCGGCGCAAGAACACCAAGAGCAUGAACUUCGACAACCCGGUGUACCGCAAAACCACGGAGGACGACGACGACGAGAUCCACAUCGGGCGACACAGCGAGUCCAUUGGCCACGUGUAUCCAGCAGUGAGUGGCAGCCACAGUCAGCCGUUCAUAGCGCUUCCUCUCGGGGGCGGUGUCACAGACAGCAACUCUCACUGGUACUCGGGGGCACCGAUGCUCUCCAGCAGCAAAUGAGAGGAGGUGCAGAGGAAAGGAAGGAGUUUGGGGUCUGGGAGGACGAGCAGGGUUUGUAAAAGCCUGCCUGCUGUACAUGUUGGCCUGGUGGAAAGAAAGGACUUGCGCAUGCCCACAAUCUCACACGCCAUUUUUGCAGCGAUCACUGAAAACACCAACCAUACACACACACACACACACACACGUAGGCCCUUCAUGAGUACACGAUGUUCACAUUUAUUUCACCUACAUGACCAUAAUCAUACAGUACAUGCGUUUAUCACCAUCACUUCUUUGUUGCCAACCAACCGUCCCAUUUACUUUAUUGUACAUUGUGUUGGUUUCUCUGGUUAUUGAAGUGUUAGUUCUGUUACUGGGCGACAUGUUUCUUAUGAAUCCACCAUUUCUUGACCAAACUCCCUACGCAGUCACAUAUCAUCCUUGUUUACAGAAGCAGCUGGUGCAAAAAUCUAAUUUCUCAACAUGGUCACUAGGCAACAGAAAAUAUGUGCCACAAGGUAGCAUCCUUGUCAGAGAGGAAUUUUGUAGAUGUUUCUUUGUUGUGUUUGCUGCUAAAGAUGAUAACAAAGGAUCAUUCAGACAUUAAAGGGUCACUGAGGCUAGUGUUGGGUGAGGAGAAGGAGGACUAGCUUCAUAGUCACCUCAGCCCGCUGAAUGACAGGACAGACCGUAAAUGGGAUUUUAGAGUAGUUCGUAACAUCGUUACAGUAAGUUGAUUAAUUGAUUUAAUUACAGUGUACAUAAGACAGGGAGCUCAACAAAGGGAGCACAAAUCAGAACCAAGCACACUGUUUUGUGUCUUCAGUGCAAUUGCAGAAACCAUGAAUCUCGGCACUUCAUGUGUUGCUGACGACACCGUUUUUUAGAACCACUUGCAUGUCUCCGGAAACAAUGCCAGCUGUAAUUUGCACAAAAAUGCACUUACCGGUAAAUGUCUUGGACACUCAUGCCAUGUAUUGAAUAUAUUUGUUGUUUUAGGUAUUGGAAAGCCUGCGGGGAAGGGCAGCCAAAAGGGAUUAUAGGGGGUUGGGAAGACUGGCGCUUUGAUCGGUUGGCAUGGGAACACAGAUUGCUUUGUGUUGCUCCAGAGAGAGAGGCAAAGAAUUAUGGGUAUCAUUGGCAUGAUGUCAGGCUAGACACAGACACACACACACACACACACAGGAAACAGGUGCACGACUGAGUCAUUUUAAGAUUCAAGGUUGAAUUAACUACCCCCCCUCAGUCAAGGGCUGAAAAGAGGGAACCAUACUCUCUCGCUUUACAUCUGCACAAAUCUAUUUUAUUGUUUAACUUGUUUUCCAUGUCUCCUGUCCUCUUCUUUCCUUUCCUCUCCUCUCCUUCCUUUCCUUUUGUGGCAUUGUGCCAACUCAGACAGCCAGAGAAAUCCGGUUGGCAUUAUGUGGGCCAGACAUUUCAGGCUGUAGGCAAGCAUCCGACAUUCCUUGCAUAGGAGCAGACAGAGAACUAGGGAAUUAAAAAGUGGAGAGGAGGAAGGUCAGGGAGAGGAGUAUGGACUGCAGCAGAAAGCAGGAAAAUGGAUUAUACAUGAACCUGCCAUUUAUUUUCUGGGUGCCGAUGUCUUUCUUUAUUCCCUGUCCAUCAUGGUUCUCUGUUUUAUUUGUGUGUGUUUCACUUCUCUCUCUCACCUUCACCAGUCUCCUGUGGUAACAGUCUUUUUAUCUGCUGUUUGCAGCGCGUGGCACUCAGUCUGGAGGAUGAUGGCUAUCCCUGAGGGGGGGGAUGCAGCCUGCCCCCCUCCCCAAUCCUAUCCUGGCCCCUCCUCUCACCACAGCCUCUACACCACUACUAAGAGGCCAGUACAACGCAGAGGAGAAAGAGAAGGCCUCCCCUUUUGAGGAGCAGGGAUGACAUGUACAUCUUGUAAAUCCCCCUUCUCCUAUUUUCUCCCCUGGAGUAACAUUACUACCACUACUAGCCACUACUACUUCCCUUAGUGCUAGUUCAUUAGUAGUCUCCACUCCUCUCUUCUCUCUGCCUCUUAUUAGCUGUAGUGGUGUGUAAAAUGCUGCUUGAUGAAUUUGUUCUAACUAACCUCAUUUGGUUGCACAUUGUAAAUAGAAGGCUGUCUGGCCACCGUACAGGGAUUAAAAGCCGGCAUGCAUUAUUUUUAAUUCCCUCAUAUUGUGGCGUUUUUAUUUAUUUGUAUGUGUUUGCUGCUGUAAAUAUGUUAUCGGCGUCUCUCAGUGCUACAGUACUACAGGCAGAUUUGUUUAACUUUGCAAGGAGAUACAGUAGUAGCCAAGGAGGUUAUUUUGUAUUCAUAGUUCCCUUUUCAUCUCGAGUUGACACAACAGAUUUUUAUAAACAGGGGGAAUGUCAUCCUUUUUCCCACCAGUGUCUCAGAUUCCACCCCUCGACAUAUUGAAUAGUCGGCAGGUAAACCUAAAUAUAGCCAAGGGGAACGGAGACAGAAGAAAAAGAUGGGGUUGUCUGCAUGUUUGGCGGUGAUUUUGAGGCGAAAGAGUUAGGGAGGGUGUUUUUGUUUUCCUUUGAUGGGAAUAGGAGGAUUUGUGCCACCAGAGGGCAGAAAGGCAAAGGGGUUAUGGGUAAUCCUAUCUCCAGGUAUCAGAGGUUUGAGUAUAUUCGAUAAUGAACUUGGGAUUGUUUGUUCAUUUGCGGUGUUAGGACUCACUCGUGUUCCCGACAGUUUGUUUGUGUUGGCUACCAUCAACACUUGAGAGGUCAAACAGACAGCAGAGUGUCACAAAAACACAUUCCUGUGACUGUGUUGAGUUACUAGGGAUGGACCAAUCCGACUUUCUCUGUCCCGAUAGCUAUACCUUGGUUUUGGGUUUGGUUACCGAGUACCGUUGCGUUACCAGUAUUUGAUUAAUAAGCUGUAUGCCUCACUGUGUGAGAUCAUUCUUGUAUAUGUAAGGCAACAUCAGGCUUUAAUUAAACAUCGCUUUCCCAACUUUGUAAGAUAAAAUGUAAGAAAUAAAUGGAUAUACAUGGUUAUAAAUUUACUGAAUUGUCGUUUGAUAUUAAUAUUAAUUGUACACCAGCGUCUUUAGAAACAUUUUUUUUUAAUUAACAGAUUACGGUUCAAGUGUAAACCUUUUGAAUGCAGCAACAAAUUCAUCAAAACCUAAACUGUAAUUAUAAUUCAUAAUUAUAAUAAAUACAUACAAACAUUGAAUUGAUUAGUGUGGCCCCAUUGUCACCAAUACCAAAUCAAGCUCCGUGUCGGUAUCGGUGUUGGUGCAUCCCUACUUUCAUCACUAACAUUUUCUUAUAAUCAUGAUAUUAGAAAUUGAUAAACAGAACUUUGUAUGUGGUUACUUAUGUGGAAAGCAGGUAUCUUACUGAUUACUUUAUCUGCUGACAUAAAUAUUAUUAUCAAUAGAAUGCUGCAAAGUGUGAGUUUCUGAAAUGUUGGCUCCAAUAGUCUUUAACACUGCAUUGCUCUUACGUGUUCACAGUAGCUCCAACAUCAUCAAUUUUCUAUGAUUUGACAUGACUUGGGUUCACAACUUCUCCAUAAUUAUCAAUCCCAGAGUUCCAGUGGCCUCACAGCACUGUUUUUGGUGUUUCUUAGCAAGAUAACCUCCCCGUCUUUUAUCAAUGUGGCUGUGUGUUUUCUGGAUGAGAUGCAGCAGAAAAAAACAUUUGGAAGGAAUCACUUUCCGCUGUCACUGACUGCUCAGCGCGGUUGUUAAAGGGCUCGUUUUGUGUGAGCAGAUGAGUCGUACGGCGAGGCUGACUGAGCCGAGCACUGAUUUGGUUUGAAGGCUGGAUAGAGAGAAAGCGUGUAAACCAGCGUAAAGGGCUGAUCUUCCAUUGGCUUACCGCAGACAAGCUUCCAGCUCAUUGAAUCAGAUGCAAUUUAUGCCCCGUGACUAUUGCAAUAAUUGCUCAUAAUACGUUGUAAUAGUGAAUUACUAUAGGCUGUUAUGACAAGUUAAUACGAUAGCUGUUACAAGUAGUUUUGGCAGAAUAAUAAUUUUCCAAUUCCGGAUGUCAUUUAGUCACAACAAACACACAAAGCACACUUAUAAUACAUGAUAUUGGGUAUAGAGAUAUACCGAAAUCAAUGGUCUUCCAUUCUCAGAAUAACACAUUUGAAAAAUGUUGCAUUUCAGCUGAGGUGAGCUAAGAACUGCUUCUGUUUGUCCCAUCCUCUGUUUUCGCAACCAUUAACGUCUUCCAACUUAGGCUCAGUAUAUACUCUGCAUAUGUAUUCAUUCAUCUUACUGUACAGACGGUUGAUUAAUGGUACGGUAGUUAUUAUUCAUGGUGCUCACUGUUUCCUAGAAAUGUUUGCUCAGUGUGGAUGCUCGGUAACCACAGGGGAGGAAGCAAGGAAAAGACAACGGUAGGCAGGAAAACGACUGCCGGGAUUCAGACUAAACUGUCCGGUAGGCAAACAGAUUUGCACUUGGAAGAUGAAUAGUGGGCCAUUCAUUUUGCCAGAUUUCUGCUGAUGUGUUGCGGUAUUCUGACACUCAUUCCCUUUCACCUGCCUCAGAAGGAUUGCACUCUCUCUCCUCUCAGUUUAUGAUGCACAGAGGGGGAUUUGUAUGUCUUGUAUGAGACAAGUGGCGUUCUAGACAGGCAAAUGAUAGUCCUCCCCAGCACCACACCUCCCUUCGUCUUUCUAAUGAAGGAGGAUUGAGCACAAGGGGAGGCCAUAACCAUUCACUUGCACAGAUGAAGCCUAAUAAAAAGCAUUCGACUUGUUCGGUAGCUACAUGCAGCGGUUGGUAUUUUUGGCAGAAUAUAGGGUUGAAUGAAGGAAACCGUUUCAAUUGACACAGCUGCAUUGUCGUAUGAACUGGUAAUUUUCCAAUAUUUUCAGUAGCUACAAUGGCUUGUUAUGGAUCACAAUUUCAUAUUUCUUUCAUUAAAAAAAAACGAUUGCAAAGUCCCAAAGGACAGAUGAGGUACCCAGAAAGAUGAAACGGGUCAGAUAUCUUUGAGAUUAAAUAAAUCACAAAUUCGCCGCUGUAUUGAACCCUGGGCUGAAUCAGUUCUGCUCUCCACGUUUCCUUCAUGUCCAUGUUUGCUGCAGGUCUAAUGGAGUUCCAUACGGAGGGUUUGCAGUCGGGAGAAUAAAUUGCUUAUUUAUUGAGGUGACUGAGAGUGGCGUCUUAGAAAAGUUAUUAUUGCUACAGUGUGAAGACAGGUUGGCUGGACCACUUUGUGGCCACCUUAAGUGCAGCCAUUUCCACUGAAGAAGGCUGAGAAAGUCCAGAGAGGGCCUUUGGUCAUUCAUCAUCUACUGGGUAGUAAUUGAAGAGAUCAUCCUUAGACAGUUCGCCGUCUGGACAUUUUGUAUUCAUACUUUCAGGAAUCGUUUAGGAGCUAAUCAAUGCCGACGGAAGUUAGAAGGAUCAAGUUGAGCCUUGUGCUGAAAAGGUCGAAGAAUAAUUAAUUGUGUGUGUGUUGAGGUUCAUAUGUUCAGUGAUUCUGGGAUAUUGCUACUAUAUCAAACCCUAAUGUAUGAUAGGCAGGUUACGAUCACAACGAGGUUAUGUCAAACAGCCAUGACAAAGUUGCAUCUGGUUUAUUUUAUGGGAACAAUGUUACAUUAUUAGAUGAUCUCAGCCAAUACUAACAGCCAUGAUAACCCAUAAUCCAAGCCAUUAUAAUUGCAUGCAGUAAUUUUAGUGUUCCUGAUUUGUGCUCCCUUUUUUUUCAACCGUCCCGUCGCUCGACCUGCUCUUCCUCUCUGUGAUCUUCUAAUUGGUGACUUCCAGUCUUUUCUGGCAGAGAAUCUGACCCAGGGUGCACUGACUGCUUCACUCACCUCUCUCCACCAUUUCACUUCAUCAUGCACUGGAUCAAAAGUAAUGCCAGCUGUGAGACUUCAAGUAUUUUAAUGGUUGUUAUACUACUGAGUGGUAGUUUAGACGGCAAAGUUGGCGUUGUUGUCUCUGUGCGCUCUCAUUCUCCUGCCCUCCCAUCUUCAUCUUAGCCAUCGACAUUGUUCCUUUUUGGCAAGGACUAUCAGUCUUUGGGUAGACAGGCAAACACAUACACAUACACCUACACACUGGAAGAAAACACUGGAGGAAAAAAGCCCUCAAAAUAACAAGGAAACCGCUCAAGCUGGGGAAAAAACCCUUCCUGAUUGAGAACCAGCAAACAGACGAACAAGCCAGGAGAACCACCUCCCCCCCAGACGCCCCAGAUAUAGUUCUGGACUUUGGAAGGAGCCCUCGUUGACUCUACUUGGCUGGCAAUUAGCUCUUGUUGACCCAGUGACUCUCCUACACCUUCAACUGGUUCCUCUUAUUAUCAUGUGUUUUUUGGACUAUUAGUCUGUGAGUUGUAGUUGUUGCUUUCUCUCUCUCUCCUUGCCAAACCAUUCUCUGUUUCAUAUUUGAUCUUCUAGCUGUUUGAUUACUUGAAGGGUAAUGUUCAGUCACCUACCUUUUUUAUACCAGUCAGUGUAAAAUGAAGGUUGGGGGAAGAAGUUGUGAAGUCUGUGUGUAAAUCUCGUUGAGUGUUGGGAUGACGACAUACACAAGCAACAUUUUGAUAAAUACCUGUGUUGUCAUAUAUUUGGACGUUUUACUUCAACAGUGAUUGUGGAAGAUAAUCACUGCAAAUAUAAAAAAAGUAUUGGCUCCAAUUUUUUGAAAAACUGUCUACCAAAAUGUUGCUGGUGUCAUUGCCUGCAAGGAAAUCUCAAAAAACCAUUUAGGGCUCAGUCCAUUCCACAGCCAUACGACAGGCAUUUUUUUUUACGCUGUUUGUUGCACAAAACUUUUCAAGAAGCCUUCUGCACUGUGUAAAGAGAUAACGUUCUUAGGAGGGGAGGAAAUAAAAGGGAGGGGGGUUGGGGUCCAAUGGUACAGUCCAAUGGUUUUGAAUCAUGACUUGUAAAUACGUUUUCAUACAGCAAAAACCUUUUGAUAAUGUUUUAAAUGUAUCUGUAAAAAAAUAUGUACAUAAACCUCUGGGGGGGGAAAAGGAGUGUUGACUAUAUAUGAAUUUAUUUGUACUCAAGAGCACUGGAUUUAUUUACUACUUGAUUGUAACUAAAAAUUAAUAAUCUGCCAAAGUGUUUUUAUUUAACUUUUUCUCCUGUCGGUCCCGUUUGUUUGGGUUUUGUUUUUUAUUUGUUUUGCUUUUUAACAGCAUUGCAGAUGUUUAGAGUUCAAACUGUAUUUAAUUCUGUUGAAUAGAUUUUGUUGUGUGUUUUAAAAAAAAAAAGAGGGGUUAUCAUUUUAAUUUAUUGGUGCCUUGUUUUGUGCUCCUGUAUACUUUUACUCUUUCUGUUUUUCUGUGUCCUGUAUC